AGAAGGCGACGCCAUAGCGGCUUCAGCGCGGACAAAAUGUCGGCGGUCGGCGCGGCCCGGCGGGGCGGGGACUUCCCCGGGGUGCGGAGAGCGGCCGGCAGCCCCCCGGCGUUCGCGGGGCCCGGCGCGCUGAGCGGAGCAUGGCUGGCCAAGGAGGAGCAGUACAAGCGACUGAAUGCAGAAUUAGAAGCCAAAACAGAAAAACUGGUGCGUCAGGCUGAAGAACUAAUGAAAGGCCAACAGAAGAUACUAUCCCAGCCAGUUUCAGUACAGAGUAAGUCACCUGAAGAUGACAGACAAAGAGAUCCACUCUGUCCCACAGUUUCAUCUCUUACACACUCACUUGCCAAGGUAGAAAACAAGAAGAAAUUUCCUUCUGCGCCCACAGCUCAGAACAGACCAUGGUCUGCAAGUAAGGGAAAAAGAACAACUUCAAGUUCAAAAAUAAGAAACAUGGAAGUACAAAGUGCUGAUGGUGUUGCAGUACUGGAAGACUGCAUAGGUUUUUCUUUAACAAAAACAAUAAGCAAAGUUGAAGAAAAACUAAAGAAAGGAGUCUUACCAGACUGUCAAGAUGAUGAUAUUAUUCCAAGGGUUGGAAAUGAAAUGGGAAUGGAAGCCCAAAUCAGAUUUCUUAAGGCAAAGUUACGUGUGACACAGGAAGACCUGGCAAGUGUAGUGUUUGAAUGCAGAAAAAAGGAUGAUGAAAAUCAGAAUUUAGAAACUCGGCUUAAAGAUACUGAAGAAGAAAACACAAGACUGCAACGAACAAUCAGCCUGCAGCAGUCUCAGACUGAGAAGUACAAAAUGUUGUCACAAGAAGCAAACAAAAAAAAUGAAGGGUUACAACAAGAGGUCACUGCACUAGAAAAGGAAUUGGAGAAUCUAAAGCGUGCCCAAAAGCAGGCUGCAGCCACUCAGAGUGCAACAGAGGUUCGUUUAAACAGGGCCUUGGAAGAAGUGGAGAAGUAUAAAGUGGAGCUUAAUAAACUGAAGCAAAGCAACAAGGAUGUAGUUAACCAAGAACUCAAAACGAUUGAAGACUUAAAAUCAGAAAACAAGAAACUGCAGAAACAAAAAGGAGAGCUAAUUACAGGUUUUAAAAAGCAGUUAAAGUUAAUUGAUAUUUUGAAGAGACAAAAGAUGCACAUUGAAGCUGCCAAGAUGCUUUCUUUUACCGAAGAGGAAUUCAUGAAAGCUCUUGAAUGGGGAAAUUAUUGAUCCCAUUAAAUAGCAACUCCUGUUCGAAAGAGGAGUCAGACAGUACAUUAUUUUGAGAUUGUAUAUGAGUCCUUGUUAAUAGUUAAUAACUGUAUAUCCCACUGAAUUGAUUUUGUUGAUUUUACUUACGUUUAAAUUGUUUAACUUUUGUAAGCCUGACAGCUUGUGUUGUAAUGUCAUAUGAAAUACAAAUUUCUACUUCAUUGCCAGGCCAAACUGCCCAUUCUGUAAGGAGCAGAGAAGCUCAGACCAUGCAAGGAAUAGUCCAACAAGUGAACUUGGUUAUCAGUUUGCUCUGUUUUAGCAUUUAAAACUGUACCUUACCUAUGGUAAUAUUCAAUCCAAGGAAGUCAGGAUUUAGUCUCAGAAAAUUCCUUGUUGCAACAGAAAUAAAUUAACCAGUGAUCCAGUUGAGAAGAAAAUGUCAUGUCCUUUUUAAAACACAUGGUUGGAAAAUUGGCCUUGUCUGUUCUCUGUAACAGAUCUCCCCUCAAAGCUAGCUGGUCUGGCAUCUAAUUUAAGCACCAAGAGCUCUUUUAUAGAAACGACCAUAACUUGUUUUAGCCAUUACAUCUUAGCCCCUGGCUGGCAUAACUAUACAUGAGACUUGCCUCCACAGUCCCAUAGAGCUGUAUUGUGUAAAAGUGUUCCUUCAGUCAAGGUGAAAAUAUUAAACCUUUCCCUGGCCAUCAGCUGCUGCUUUGGGAUACAGGCAGGAGCGAUGACUCCACAUUCACAGGUGCUCUACAAGCAUUACAUCCUUAACAACUUCAUUAGUCAUCAUUGUAAUCAAUAACUAGAAAACAGAUUCAGGGUAGAUGAGCUGAGCCUGUUGUGCAUACAUUAAUGAACAGGAGCAAUACAAGCCUGUGCUGCUUGCAGGAACUUCUGCCAGACCUCAGCUAUUGCAAUGGAGUCCUGCCUCAGAGUAAGUGAAAAAGAACAUGGGAUAAAAAUUAGUCAGUUUAUGCACUGAAAGAAAGGUAUAAACAGUGGUUCUGACCUCAGAAUGGAACAACAUCUCUGCUUAGAACCUUCCAGUGAAGGACCUCAGACCUACCUCAUGGAGAUAAGACACUACAUUUGGAUGAGGAUUGUAGUAGUGUAAUGUCAGGACAGCCACAUGUUCCCAGAAGUCGUGCGUUAGGAGAAUCCUUUAGUCCAGACUGGAAUACACACGCGAGCUUAGGUUUCUGCUGUGUUGCUGAAGAAAACAUUUCUAACAUUGCUACAUGGCUAACUGAGAAUAAUUGAGAACUCCAGAACAGUUUAUUUGUGAAAAAUGCAAGUGGAGCACACACUUAUGUAAAACUAACUGCUCAUCACAGUUUAGAACUUCGGUUUUAAAAGCAAGGCUUUUAAUGCUGCUAAAGAGGAAUUCCUCACUGUUAACAGCAAAUAGAAGUUUUCACUGGGAAGCAGCUGACACCUAGUGGUAAAAGCAGGAGCUGAGCUGGGGGAAGGUUCAGCUCUCUUCUGGAAGUUCAUUACCUCUUCUCUGUUGGUACGCCAACCUGAAAUCUUCUCCAAGCAUGUUAAUGUCAUUUUCGUCUUUGAGUAUUCCCUGCAUUAAUAGGAAAGAAACACACAUCAGAAGGUAAAACAAAGUAGAGAGAUUACUAUGGAUCUCUGAAAUCUUCCAUGGAAGCAAAUACUGCAUCCAUAAUGGUAUCCAUAAUACUGUUAUGUUACCUUCAAAACAAACCUGAAAAUCAAGCCUGAAAACCAUCACAAAACCUGAGCAGAUGAGUUACAAAUUGGUGCUAACCCAGAGACCCUUUUUGUUUUGCCAAAAGACAACAUUUAGCUGCGUUCUCUUGCUCACAGGAGUGACUGCUCACUGAGUGACUGCAGUCAGUACAGCACAGGAGCAGGUUUAGUAAAAUCACGCAACUGCAGUGAAAAGAGGCCCUGGCUGGGCUGGGGUUCUGUCUCCACCUUUACCUGUGUUGGUAUUAGCUCAUACAAAGAAAUAACUUGGGAAAUCAAGUAAUGCAGGACAACUUAAUCAAAAACUAUGUUUUUGAGAAGAGAAGUGGGGCACCUGGAAAUCUAAAUUUCUAAAGUAAUUUUACAGCUAAAAAUAUGUAUGACCCACAGAACAUACCUUGCAGCAUUUAAAAAAGAGGAAAAAGUUACAAACUGCAUUUAUAUUGGAAAGUUUUGGAUUUGGUAGCACUUUGCUAUUUAACCAUUUUCAGUGAAGUAAUGUGAUGUAGGAGCACCCAACUCAGACACAGUGUUGAAGCAGAGAACAGAAAAGUAGAACAUCAUACAUGGCACAUAUGUGAGCCUUGGACAUUGAAAUUGCCAAGGCUUCCUACAGCAGCAAAUUCAAACCAGAGAAGUAUACAAAAUGUUGUCACUCUGAGUUAUCCUUUAAUGAAAUCUAUAUUAGAUAACAACUCACUCCAAGUGUUACAAAUUCCUGCACCAAUAAUUGUAUUAAUAUUUGAAUAAAAAUGAAACUCUGCUCUACUUAAUGUUUUCCAGAUUGCAGAAUUUCUUUAACCAGCUGGAUAGCUCCCUCCCUACUGUAAAUGCCUUUUUACAUCCCUAAGGCAGCUCUCUGUUUAUUUGUGUACUAUUAGGAGAUCUUCCCAAUUAUGAAGCACAAUACGAAAGAAAUUGUAGUUUAUUCCUAUUGCAAUAACUGCUUCCAUCUUUUUAACUUUUAAAAAUACAGGGACAAACAGAGCAAGCUUGGAAAUGCUUCUGUAAAUGCUGCAGUUCGUUGCACUACUGCAGAAUCCAUAGUUAUGGAAUAUUUGGCAGACAAGCCAGAGUUGCAAGAAAUUGCUGCCAAAACCCCAGCUGAGAAAUUUGGUGGAAACAGGUUUUAAGAUGUGGUGGACCCCUUUCUGGCUAGAGAAGCCCUGCUGUAGAACUCACAUUCCAUAUUUCAAACACUGGAUGUGCAAAAUGCUGUGGAAGCUUUCAGCAAGUUCUGUACAAGGCAUCAAUAGUGCCAGAGAGCCCAACGCCCCUCAGCAGAAAGAGCAGUACUGUAAAUGCGUCCCACCUCAAAAGAAAAAGGAAGAGGUGAGUGCAAGUGAGCUAACACAAUAAGGACAUCCACUGACUCCAGGAACUUGCACAGUUUUGCAACUUCACCUUGAACUAUCCAAGAGAAUAUCAAUUUACAGGACAGAUAUUAAAGGUGUUUAAAAUACAAUUCACUUACUCGAGGAAGAUAACCCAGCAGUUUCCAUGCAUGCUCUUUCAAGAGUUUCUGUCUCUCUUCUUCAAUAAUUGCACGGAUACUUGCUUGUCUCCUCUUCUCUAACUCUCUUUCUUCAAGUUCACGCUCCUACAAUAAACAAGUUUUCCCAA